UCAUGCAAUGCUCACAACACAACUAUUCUGCAGAGGAACCCCAAUGAUGUGGCGAAAGUUCCCCCUUUUCUCAUCUGUCCAGAAAACGCCACCACACCAAACCAAAGUUUCAUUUCAAUGCUCCUCCUACACCAUUUACUAUGUGAAUCACCUUCUUUUCUUAUUAAUUAACCAAGGCCAUGCUGAAACCUGUUCCCCAUGCAAACCACCAACUCACCAUGUAACACGUACGUGUCAUCACGAAACAACACCACUUUUCUAUAAAACACCAUCCCCUCACCAACACCCUCACUCACACACACAACCACCAUAAAUCUCUCACUAGCUAGUUCUCUGUUGUUUUAGUUUAAUCUUUUCUUUGCAAGUAUAGGAAAAAGAAAGAAUAAAAAUCCACCUGUUCCAAACAUGAGUACUGAUCGCUCAACACUCACUGAUCGUUCAACAACACCACACCAGAUCCAAGUCCACACAACAACACACCGCUAUGAAACUGGUGUUAACCCCCAACAGCGUUAUGAAACCGGUGUUAACUACCCCCAACACCGCUAUGAGGAAGGUGAGAAAGGUCCAUCAACCUCCCAGGUUGUUGCUGUGGCCGCCGGCCUGCCGGUCGGAGGCAUCUUGCUUACGCUGGCUGGACUUACCUUGGCAGGAACCCUGACCGGGCUGGCAGUGACCACCCCGCUUUUCAUCCUGUUCAGCCCGGUUCUGGUUCCGGCCACCAUUGUCAUCGGUCUUGCUGUGGCCGGAUUUCUGACAUCCGGAGCCUGCGGGCUGACUGCACUGUCAUCAUUCUCCUGGGUCAUGAAUUACAUCCGGCAGAGCCAAGGGACUGGGCCAGGCCAGCUUGAGUCCGCGAAGCGGCGCAUGGCGGACGUUGCAGGCUACGUGGGGCAGAAGACAAAGGAGGUGGGGCAGAAGACCAAGGAAGUUGGGCAAGAUAUACAGGCAAAGGCUCAGGACGCUAAGGCUGACACUAAGGCUCAUGACACUAAGAUCAGAACAACAACAACAACAUGAAGAGAAGAAUGAAUGGGUUGUUUUAAGUGUUAUGGGGUUUGUGUGUAAAAAUAAAUGAUGUGUCUCGGGGCUUGCACUUCUCAUUUGUGUCUUCUGGUCUGGUCUUGUAGCAUGGUAUGGUAUGUGUGCUUGUUGUUAUAAGUACUUAAGUAGAGGAGACUUUGGUUCAUGUCUCAUAAAAUGGGUGCUAGCUAGCUAUCACUCUUUAUGUAAAUUUUCUUUUUCUUAUGAAUGUGUUCUGCAUCUGUUUCACUUA